AUGCUAACGUGUGUUUGUCGUCCUGUAUCGAGUUCUUUCAUUGACAAUCAAUCAAUGAUGGGUGCACCAAUUGAGCAUGACCAAACAGUAGUUACACAAGAACCAAAAACGAAAAUUGGAACAGCAAAACCAAUAAUUAAUCAAAAUUUCAAGGUGCCUGGUAGGCCAAGUGCUGCCGAAUUGAGGGCAAUGGCUUUAAGACAGCAGCAGCAAAUUGAUUCGCAACAUCAAUUGUUAGCUGCAAAAGAACAAAGAUUACGUUUUUUAAAAGCACAAGAGGCUCGUGGAGCUGCUGCGGCGGCAGAAGGCGAAAGACUCCGUAGAUUACGUGAACGCGUUGAAGCACAAGAAUCAAAACUUCGGCGACUCAGGGCGUUGAGAGGACAAGUGGAUCUUCAAAAGACUUAUAAUGUGACAUUGAGCAAUGAUUUGGACUCUAUUCGCGCGCUUUUUAGUGAAAAAGAGAAAGAACUCAGCCUUGCAGUGGCAAAGGUAGAAGCUUUAACGAGGCAAUUAGAAGAACUUCGAAGAGAUCGUCGUGGUUUAAAUAUAUUAGCAAAUAAUGGCAAUAAUCAGCCAUCUUCACCUGCUACAAGAGAGCUGGAGAAGUUGCGCAGGGAACUUAUGUAUCGAAACCAACUUUCAUUGCAACAAGAUGCUCGUCUCCAUCUGCAACGUGAAGCAUUACAACAACGACAAGCAGAAUUGCGUUCUGUCGACCAACGAAUAUUAGAAUUACAAGGUCGUUUGCAGCGUAAAAAAGCUGCAAACCUACUUCUCCAACAACAACAACAAAAUGGCACACACGUAUCAAGUUCUAACAACAAUGUUCAAUCAGCAAAUAUCCAUGUCAGAUCUUCGUCGACUCACAUUUAUCCACCACAAAAGAAUGUACGAGGAAAUGUGGCAGCGGUUGAGCCAUAUAAUCAUACACCACAAAAAUCCACAUCUAUAAGUACAUCGAAUCAACAACAACACCAACAAAUUAUUCAAGAUCUGGCCAUGCUAAAGCUUAAAUCAUCACAACAACAACAACAUAGUCCAACAUCAAUCAUGGCUGCCGAAAGUGAUGAAACAAAGCUCGCACGCCAGAAGCAAUUCAAUGAUCACAUAACGCCACAGCAAACACAAGGAUUGUUGACGAAAAAUACAAGUAAUAAUAAUGAUGUACAGAACCAUCAAGUUAAGGAUACCAUCAUUAUGGACAAUGGUAAUGAAAAGCAAACAAGUGCCCAAUCUACUGAUUUGAAUGGAAAGAAAAACGAACUCACAAACCAAACGAUGCCUUACAACAAAUUUGUCGCCAAUAAUAGCUUGAAUGUAGGUAAUAGUAGUCUAUUAUCACAUAAAAUUAUAUCAUCGGUGCUUUCGGCAAAUAAUGGAAGUAGUACAGCGUUAGCAAUGAAAUCAAACGAAUGUGACAGUGAGAAGGCAGGUGAAAUAACAGGAUCUAAUGAAAUGUCAACAGGUCAUGUAAACGGUACACAAAUUGCAAAUAGUACGCCAUUGAAUGCCAUUAAUAAGUCUGUUGCAGAGCCACUGAAUGUAGCAACAACAACGGAAACAGAAGAAAAACCAGCCAUAAAGCCAAAAGCUUUACACCAAAUACCGUCGGGAAAUCUUGUUGUUCCACCACGAAAACCAAUCAGUAGUGUUGCACCAACAUCGAUAAAAAGUAUUUCGCAAGCACCAAAAGUUCAUAUGGUUGCACCGAAUAUAAAUGUUCAAGCAUCGUCUAUUGAAAAUGAUAAAUCUCGACCUGCCUUACCUCCUAAGCCCAACAAAAAUGGCAACAAUAAUAAUAUUAAUAGUAAUAAUAAUAAUAGCAAUAGCAGCAGUAGCAAUCAACAGGUACUGUCAAAUGAAUCUGAAAAUUCGAGUGUAAACAAUGAAAAUAAUUUGCCUAUCAAAGCGAAACCUUUAACAAUAAAGAAGCAGCCAUUAUCGGAGCAACCAAAAUUAAGAUCCCUUACAUCAAAUUUAAAGGCCAUUCAGUUUAGUACGUCGAGGAGAAUUGAAAUGCCGCCUUCAUUUCUUUUUCCUGAAAUUGCAACUACUGAGUUAAAGGAUAAUAGCAAUAAUGGCGAUGUUAAUGGCAAUAGUAUGAACCAAACAUCAAUCAUUAGUAAAUUAGUAAAUGGAAACAUAAAUCUGAGUAAUAAUAUCAACAACAACUACAACAAUAACAAUAGUCAGGAUAGUGGAAGUAUAACAAGUACCGAUGAGACAGAUAAAUCUAUAACACCCGUUUCUACACCUAUACAAUCAGAUGAAAAGCAUGUAGAUAGUAUAGUAAAACGAAAACGUAACAUAAUAGGUGAUAAUGUAAAAGCGAAACUUGCACGUCGAGUGAGUUUCGAUCCACUUGCUUUAUUGCUUGAUGCCAGUCUCGAAGGAGAGUUAGAAUUAGUGAGAAAAACUGCAAUGCAGGUACCAAAUCCUAGCGCAGCGAACGAUGAAGGAAUCACAGCUCUUCACAAUGCUAUUUGUGCUGGUCACUUGGAAAUAGUAAAGUUUUUAGUUCAGUUCGGUUGUGAUGUUAAUGCACAAGAUUCUGAUGGGUGGACACCACUACAUUGUGCUGCAUCAUGCAACAAUUUGCCAAUGGUUCGCUUUUUAGUAGAGUCUGGUGCAUGCUUGUUUGCUUCUACCCUGUCCGAUCACGAAACACCCGCAGAAAAAUGUGAGGAAGAUGAAGAAGGAUUUGAUGGAUGCUCUGAAUAUCUAUAUAGCAUUCAAGAAAAAUUGGGUAUACUAAAUAAUGGAGAAGUUUAUGCUGUUUUUUCAUACGAUGCUCAGCAGCAAGAUGAGCUCAAAUUUAGCGUAAACGAUAAGUUGACGAUAUUAAGAAAAGGAGACGAGUCUGAAAGAGAGUGGUGGUGGGCCAGAAAUAUUGAUGGACACGAAGGCUAUGUCCCUAGAAACUUAUUUGGGCUCUAUCCUCGCAUCGAUCCAUCAAUGAACCAGAAUUAUAGUGAAUAA